AUGGGCGACAAGAAGAGCCCGACCAGGCCAAAAAGACAAGCAAAACCUGCCGCAGACGAAGGCUUUUGGGAUUGUAGCGUCUGCACCUUCAGAAACAGCGCCGAAGCCUUUAAAUGCAGUAUCUGCGAUGUGAGGAAAGGCACCUCCACCAGAAAACCUCGGAUCAAUUCUCAGCUGGUGGCACAGCAAGUGGCCCAACAGUAUGCCACUCCACCACCCCCUAAAAAGGAGAAGAAGGAGAAAGUUGAAAAGCAAGACAAAGAGAAGCCUGAGAAAGAUAAAGAAAUUAGUCCUAGUGUUACCAAGAAAAACACCAACAAGAAAACAAAACCAAAGUCUGAUAUUCUGAAAGAUCCUCCUAGCGAAGUGAACAGUAUACAGUCUGCAAAUGCUACAACAAAGACCAGUGAAACGAAUCACACCUCAAGGCCCCGGCUGAAGAACGUGGACCGGAGCACCGCACAGCAGCUGGCAGUGACUGUGGGCAACGUCACCGUCAUUAUCACAGACUUUAAGGAAAAGACUCGCUCCUCCUCCACAUCCUCGUCCACAGUGACCUCCAGUGCGGGGUCCGAACAGCAGAACCAGAGCAGCUCGGGGUCGGAGAGCACAGACAAGGGCUCCUCCCGCUCCUCCACGCCGAAGGGCGACAUGUCAGCAGUAAAUGACGAAUCUUUCUGA